AACCUGGCCGACCCCCAUCCGUUUCACUCCACCAAAGGUCGCAUCCACAGGCCACAAAAGCCAUAAAUAAAAAGCCAAAGCCUCCCUCAAGUGAAUUCGAUUUUCGCCUUGGCUCUCUGUAAAACCACCACCACCGUUCCCGUUCCGUUCACUCUCUCACCCCGUUAUCCUUUUCUCUCAAUUUCAGUUGUGUUCUUCACACCGUUCGAAUCAUAAAUCGCUGUAUCGUACGGUGAGACAUGACAUCGUUGAUGACGAAUUCAGUGAAGAACACAACAAAUUCUCAGCGUAUCAAAAGGAAAACGAAGAAGAAUCCGAUGAUGAAAGGGAACCAAAAGCCGCCGAGCCACGCCGCCUGGAGAUCGGAGACCCAGCAACAAAUCUAUUCCUCGAAGCUUCUUCAAGCUUUGAGCAAUAUCAAUCUCAAUAGUACUCCUUCCCAUUCGGCUCCGCACGGCGGUCGAGCCGUCCGUGAAGUCGCGGAUAGAGCCUUGGCCGUCUCGGCUAAGGGGAGAACGAGGUGGAGUCGUGCCAUUUUGACGAGCCGGCUUAAGCUCAAAUUUCGAAAGCAGAAGAAAUCAUCGUUGCGGAGGGGAUCCACCGCCGCUUCCGUUGCUGCCGUAACCAGGACCAGCCGGUCGAAGAAACCGAGAGUUUGCAUUUUGAAAUUGAAAGCGAAGAGUGGACCGAGUGUUCAAAGGAAAGUAAAGGUUCUCGGCAGAUUGGUUCCCGGUUGCCGGGAGGAACCGUUACCUGUAAUUCUCGAAGAAGCGACUGAUUACAUUGCGGCGCUUGAGAUGCAGGUUCGAGCCAUGAGCGCCCUCGCCGAUCUGUUAUCUGGCUCCGGAGCCGCUACCUCUAGCUCGGCUCCUCCGCCUCAAUGGCCAAUGCCGCCGACUAGCUAGUAAUGCUUAUUUAUUCACUUAAUUGACAAAUGCCAACUGUCAUCCCCAUCUCUUUCCCCAAAAAAUUAUUGCUAGUAGUAUCUUCCAUCUCCCAUCUCUUGAGUAAUCACA